AUGUUUACCCCGGUUGCCGCCUCAACCUCCGCUUCCUAUUGGCUGGCGCCCCUUUGCUGCCCGCGCCUCGUGUUAGGCUGCGCCCCGCUCUCCUUUCUCUGGCUGGCUGUGAGCAGGCGCCGCCGGUCCCGGAGCUCCCGGUUCCCCGCUCUCCCCUGCAGGCUGACGAUGGCGGUGAGCGGGGCGCCCGUGUCGGUGGUGGCUCGGCUGGAGGGCCGUGAGUUCGAGUACCUGAUGAAGAAGCGCUCGGUGACCAUAGGCCGCAACUCGUCGCAGGGCUCGGUAGACGUGAGCAUGGGUCACUCCAGUUUCAUCUCCCGCCGCCACUUGGAGAUCUUCACGGCGGCGGAGGAGAGCGGUGGAGCCGGGGGCGACUUCUACCUGCGUUGUCUCGGCAAGAACGGUGUCUUUGUGGACGGAGUGUUCCAGAGAAGGGGAGCCCCGCCGCUGCAGCUGCCGCCGGUAUGUACCUUCAGGUUUCCCAGCACAAACAUCAAGAUCACAUUCACUGCUCUGGCCAGCGACAAAAAGGAGAAGCAAGAAGCCCCUGAAUCCCCCAUCAAACCUGUGCAGCCCCAGAUUUCUCCCCUCACAAUAAACAUUCCAGAGAACAUGGCUCACUUGAUUAGUCCCAUCCCCUCACCCACAGGAACUAUAAGUGCUGCAAAUUCUUGUCCAUCAAGCCCCCGUGGUGCUGGUUCUUCGGGAUACAAAAUAAGUAGAGUAUCUGCUUCGGACUUGCACCUUAUGACAGAGAACCCCCUAUCUGAGAAUGACAAGGAUGCCUCAGGUGGAGAUAGCCCCAAGGACGAUUCAAAACCUCCUUACUCCUAUGCACAGUUAAUAGUUCAAGCAAUUACCAUGGCACCUGACAAACAGCUAACGCUAAACGGAAUAUAUACUCACAUAACGAAAAACUACCCGUACUACAGAACUGCUGAUAAAGGCUGGCAGAAUUCAAUCCGUCACAAUUUGUCUUUGAAUCGAUAUUUCAUCAAAGUACCUCGAUCUCAGGAGGAGCCAGGGAAGGGUUCAUUCUGGAGGAUAGACCCAGCUUCAGAGAGCAAGCUAAUAGAGCAAGCAUUUAGGAAACGAAGGCCGCGGGGUGUGCCCUGCUUCAGGACCCCCCUGGGACCACUCUCGUCCAGGAGCGCUCCAGCUUCUCCAAAUCACUCUGGGGUUCUCUCUGCACACUCGAGUGGCGUCCAGACUCCAGAGAGCUUGUCUAGGGAAGGUUCCCCAGUCCCGCUUGAUCCUGAACCAAAUGCCAUCCAACCAAAGCUUGCCGUGAUCCAGGAAGCGCGAUUUGCACAAAGUGCGCCAGGAUCUCCUCUCUCCAGCCAACCAGUCCUCAUCACUGUGCAACGGCAGCUCCCUCAGAACAUGAAGCCCGUCACAUACACAGUGGCCACCCCUGUGACCUCCUCAACAUCCCAGCAGACGGUCAUGCAGACUGUUCAUGUUGUUCACCAGAUCCCAGCUGUGUCCGUCACCAACGUGUCAGGUCUGACUCCUGUCAACACUUACACUGUUGCGGGGCAAGCGAUGGUCACGCAGGCCACAGUAAUGACCCAACCCAAAAUAGAGCCACAAGAAAACGGAGACCAUAAAGAGAUGAAAGUGAAAGUAGAAGCAAUUCCUGCUAUCAAUCAUCCUGCACUCAGCACAGCAAGUCGCAUCAUCCAGACCUCCACAUCUACGCCCAUCCAGACCGUUACCUUUGUCCAGCAAGCUCCUCUAGGUCAGCACCAGCUUCCAAUCAAGGCUGUAACACAGAACGGGACCCAUGUUUUGCCCAUAACCACCGCCAUACAGGGACAAGUCACUACAGCCACAGCCAGCCCCCUCCACAUGUUAGCGACCCACGCGUCUGCCUCUGCCUCCCUCCCUACCAAGCGGCAGAAUGGAGAUCAGACGGACCAACUUGAUAUUAAGCGAGUUAAAGCUGAGGAGAGAGAGAACCUAGUGAUAGCUGUUAACAUAGAUGCCCAAAUCGAGGGAAUUGCAGCAUCAAAUCAACAAGACAACCAAAAAUAGAAACUGUGGCUACAAAAUGUUUUCUUUUUCUUUUUUUCUUUCCCCAUUUUGUGGAAGUUACAUAAACAGCAGCAAAGGUGCCAAAAAGCAGACACUGUCUUAUCUUAAGGGACCUGUGGAAAUAGAGACUUUAUAUAGAUCCGCACUGAAAAACACAGGUUACCAUAGAAACUUCAUUUUACAAAUAUGGGAAAAAAAAUCAUGAAAUAUUUUUCUCUUCCUCUGGAGGCUGUACCCCUUUCUGCAAUCUCUGUAUAAAACUGGGAUAUAUGGACAGUGCAGGAAAUUGCAGAUUUUAAAGAAGAAAAUCAAAUCUGGAAACCUUUUUUUUUAUAUAAGUACUGAGCACAUUAUUGUGGCUAGCAUGAUAAGCGCUUGGUGUGGACUGGUUCAGAAAUAGAUUGUAUAAUCCUUUAAAGGGAGAAGCUAUUACAUGUAACUUUGGCAGCUAGCCUGUUUUUUACCCAUUUAGAGCCAAGAGUGAGCUAUAUAUUGGCUGUGAAAGGGUUAAUUUGCCUAACUAAUGCAUUUUGUUUUGCAGUAUUUUGCUGUAUGCACUUGGACUAAGAAUUUUUUUUAACCUCUGGCAGACAGGUGGAUUUAAGGGUCAGACAUUUCAGCAUUUCAGUCUAAUUAGCAAGUACAGUUCUUUCCCCUUUUUUUUUUUUUCUUCAAUGUAUUUUUCUUUUUUUUUAACCUAUUGAGUGAUUAGCAUUUUCUUUUCUUUUUUUAAUCUGCCAGGUAUCAUUAUUUUAUUUCACCUACAAUUUCUGCAUUUUUCCUUUCAUAUUUUUAGCAGUUGACUGAUAAAAAGUAAUCCACAUUUUUCUUACCAUUUGUGGUGAUCAAAUGCUUCAUUUGGGUGUGCAUGUAACAGACAUUUGGGACGAAGAAAAGAAAAAGAAAAAAAUAAGACGUUUAACAAAUUGUAAAGAAACUGCUAUAAAUCUGAUCAGAGCUGCACUUAACUCCUCGUCUCCUAUUCUGUGGCCCAGCCUAAUUUACCCCUUAUCCCUCCCUCUCAUACUUCUAAAGUAAAGAAUAUUGCUUAAUAUUGUGUAUGUUUAAAGGAGAAAGAUGCUCCCUCUUAGAGAAGAAACAUCUGGACAUCAAGAAGAAAAAAAUAUAAAAUAAAAAAAAAAUUGUAAAGAAAA